UAGUUCGCAUAGUGUGUCUGGUUUGGGGUGAUUCGCACUUCGCACAUGAGUGCAUGUGAAUCUCCAUCAUUCGCCCUCAGUUUCGCUCCGGCUCUUUCUGUCUUACGUCGUCUCUCUCCUUCACGGCGGGACAGAUUGGCUCCACGGAGGUAUACGUUUAGGAUGACCGAUUCUGAAAUUGAGAUGCAUUACACCCCACCGACGUCGGAUACCAUUCAGACGAAACCGUUCCCGAUCCGAGGUGAACGUGCGAAUUUCGUGAAUAAGCCUCAUGUGAUUGCGAUGGUCGGUCUGCCGGCUCGCGGCAAGACCUACAUAUCCAAGAAACUGUGUCGUUACCUCAAUUGGAUUGGUAUCAGCACAAAGGUUUUCAACCUGGGUGAAUAUAGGCGGCAUGCUACCACGGCCUACCAGUGCCAUGAGUUCUUCCGUCCUGAUAAUAUAAAGGCUAUGGCAAUACGCACGCAGUGUGCGAAGGACGCUUUAAACGACGUCUGCCAGUGGUUGGAGAGCGGUGACGGUGAAGUAGCCGUCUUUGACGCUACCAACUCUACGGUCGACAGACGUCAGCUGAUACGCGAUAUCGUCGUACGCAAGAUGGGUUUCAAACUAUUCUUUGUCGAAUCGGUGUGCAAUGACCCAGAGAUUGUAGAGCAGAACAUUAUGGAAGUUAAAGUCAGUAGUCCGGAUUACGCAAACAUGAAGAAAGAGGAUGUGCUUGCGGACUUUAUGCUACGAAUCGAGCAUUAUCAGGAACGAUAUCAGCCAUUGGAUGAGGAACGCGAGAGCGAUUUGUCGUUUAUGAAAAUAUACAACACCGGCGAGAAGGUGCUGGUCCAUAAGCACGAGGGUCAUAUACAAAGUAGAAUAGUUUACUAUCUUAUGAACAUUCAUAUUGUGCCACGCACGAUUUACUUGACCAGGCAUGGUGAGAGCCUGAUGAACCUCGAAGGCAGAAUAGGCGGCGAUUCAGACUUGAGCGAGCGAGGACAUGAAUAUGGCAAGGCAUUAGCAGAUUACAUCAGUAAUCAAAACAUACAGGGCUUAAGAGUUUGGACUAGCUGGCUGAAAAGGACCAUUCAGACUGCAGCUGAUGUAAAGGCACCGCAAGAAAGAUGGAAGGCUCUCAACGAAAUUGACGCUGGUAUUUGCGAAGAAAUGACUUACGAAGAAAUCGCCUCAAAAUAUCCUACGGACUUUGCCGCGAGAGAUCAAAACAAGUUCUCUUAUCGUUAUCCAAGGGGAGAAAGUUAUGAAGAUCUUGUUGCACGACUGGAACCUGUGAUAAUGGAACUGGAACGUCAGGGUAACGUUUUAGUUGUCAGUCAUCAAGCGGUCAUACGGUGUUUACUUGCUUACUUUCUAGACAAGAGUGCAGAUGAAUUACCGUAUUUAGAAGUACCUUUGCAUACCAUCAUGAAAUUAACACCAGUCGCCUAUGGCUGCAAGGUGGAGCAUAUUCGACUACCGAUAGAAGCCGUGGACACUCAUCGACCGAAACCAAAGAUCCCAGGAUAUCUGGAAGAGCGAUUCCGAGGAAAGGGGAAGGUACUACGCACGUGAUAACAACGAAUUUCACGGCGCAGCUAUUCCCCACCGUUGAUAUACCAAGACGUUGAAGCAGCAUAAAUUCGGCAGCUGACUUCUCAUUCACGCGCGCGCGUGAAUCAGCGCGCAUCCGAGCCCUUUACUUCCUACAUGUGUCAAAAGCGAGACGAGGCGCGAUCGGCAAUGUAUCCUAUGAAACCUAGAUAGGGCACAGACGCGGAGGAUCCUUCAACUCCGCGACGACGCAGGUCUGGCAGGUCAUGUACGUGGCAAUUCACCACUGAUGAUCACGCGGACGUAUUGCGGGCGUGUAAUUUUUAUAUUUUUCGAUUGGCGUCUAAGUAGAUAGUGAGAAGAACAUAUGUGAUAUAUAUAGGACGAUCGUCGAUGAGAAGGAAGAAUCUGUGAGUCCUGAGUCUGUGUACAUGCGUCUUCUACACGACGGAUGAUUUUCUUCUAGACAAGCGCGUGGACCCACACGUACGUUCUCUGAUCCGCGCGUGCUUUGAAGUAUUUGCUUCUUGCCGAAAAGGAAGGUAUAUUUAUAUCUUGAUAAACAAUAAUAUUUACACAAUAGACGCACACACAGUGAUUCCAAGAGAGAAUUCUAUACAAUUCAAUUCUUAUUCGGCAGAUACUUCAAAGUGCUCGCUCGCAAAUUUAAAAGCAGAUAUAUUUCUUUUUUACUUCCAUAUUUGAAACAUUAUCUCGGAAUUGUCGUCGGAUGCUUUUUAGAGCGACAGAAAUGGAUCCAAAUAUCGUAAUAUUGUGACGGUGAUAAUAAUACUCGACUACGUAAAGGUAUCGAGAUAUAAUAGUACAAUACUUUAGAUUGUGCGAUAAUACUUCCAAUCAAGCUAACGAAUACGUUGCAAUUCAAUCCAUUCUAACAUAUACGUUAUUGCGAUCUUGUAUAUUA